CGGAGGAGACAGAGCUGGGAAGCAACAAGUAAAAAAAAAUAAAACUUAGACAACAUUACGUAAGGAAAAACGACAUACAGUAAAUCAGAAAGUAGAAAAUUAUAGAGAUAAACGAAGAUACAAUGAGCAACACAUCAUCGCUGCUUCUCCUCGUGUGGUUGGUGGUGACGGCAGCCGCUCACGCCAGGGUCAUCGACAAACGAGCCAUCAGUGACGAGGGGCCAUUCAUGAACGUGGUGAGCUCCGUGUGUGACAUCCAGAGUCCCUGUGGCUGGGAAAUUUACGGAGACCUGCGACGUCACAUCUACUACCUACGUGGCCAGUGCGAGUGUCCGCCCAGUACCCGUUGUGUGAGGGUGGAGGACAACAUCAUGGUGGAGGCCUACGUCUACAAGUGUCGCCGGGUUGUCUCACCUAAUUUCUUCUGAGUCGCUCUACUUCACGAGGCAACAGGACUCAGAAGCACGAUGGACACCUGACAACACUCCUUCAUUAACAGUAUAGAUUUGAGUCUUCAAUAAAUCUUAGGGGACAUAAUAUAGAAAUAAAUAUGACUAUGGUGGUGGUGCAAAUCAAUGAAUAUAAAUAUUAUUCCUAUAACUUACCACAAAUAUAGCGUAAUGGAAAAUAUGAAUAAUUUAUUACACAUGACCGCAGUUCUAUGGGCUGCUAUAUUGAUGACGUCACAUGUAAACAUGCGCCAUUUGUAACUACAGAGGUGCAACGACAAUUUUCACUCAACUUAAAGUAACUUACUGUAUGUAUACAAAGUUUAUGACAGAAUAAUGUGUUACUUUAAGUUUCAAUUACAUUUCGCUUAACUUUCAUGGCGUUAGAUGUGAAGGAAAUUAAAAUGUUUUGAAUUUUAUCUAUCUAGAAUAGAUGAACGCUACGACAAGACUGAAUUAUCCUAGCUAAAAAGUUCUCUCGGUCAAUGAAUGAGUGAGUCGGUCAGGUUAUAAUGUAUUCAUAGCGGUGACUGAAAUUGGUGAAAGAUAUUCAUAUCAAGGGUACAGUUGACGGGGUCGCUAAGGUACAGUUGACAGGGUGUACAGUU